GUGGGUUUGUGGAGGGUGUACUGGGUACGUGGGUAACAUUGAUAUAGCAGAACGCCCAACCACAGCCACCAUUCAAAAAAGCCCCCAACGUACAAGCCCUAUACAGCACCAUAACGCCCCUCCCCACCUUCGACAUCGCCACCGAAGAACCCCUAAAAGUCCGUCCCUUCCGGCCGAAAUACCACCUAACAAUGGCCCUAGAAUCCACAACCCUCUCCUCCCUCCUCCUCAUAGACAGAACUUGCGCGGACCAACUCUCCCUCCGGCGCUCUCUAAUCGCCAACCGACGCGCCGAAGUCCUCGGCCUAACAACCCAGUCACACACCGCAGUCUACGAGCUAUAUUCAUGGCUGACGAACACCUACCUGCCCACGCGGUACCCCACGCUCUUCACCCUGCACGCCCAGGAAGACCAGCUAUUAAACGCCGUAACAAACGAUGCAAUGCCCCUGCACCCCGCGAGCGCGGAAUCCGCACUCGCACAUCUAGGCGCGCACGUGGAUACGGAUUUCUUGCUCCUCCUGCCCUCCCCCUCCCCCACCGCCAAUGGAGAAAAAGAUGUAAAAUACCACCUCACCGCCUUCAUAACAUGUUUCCCCAACGGCUUCAGCACUGCAUCUAAACUGGGGCUUUCGCUAACCGACAUCCACGGCCCGGUGCCGGGGUACAAGGUUAAGUUGGAGCGGUCGAUGGAUCGGUAUUUUGCGGGGCUGCCGGUGGGGAAGGUGGUUAGGAGGGGGAAUUGGGCGGUUAGUACGGAUGGGGUGUGGUGUUGUGCUGUGGCGGGGCAUGGGGCGGGUGUGGAGUAUGAGGAGGUGCGGAGGGAUGGCGGGGAGGAUGUUGAUUUGGGGAGGUGUAGACUUAGGUGUGAGAGGCAGACAUUGCAUCGGUUGCCGGGGUGUGGGGCGGUGUAUACGCUGAAGGAGGUGAGGGAUGAGGGGAGUGGGGAGGCGCUGGCGGAGGCUAUUGAUGGGUUGGAGAGGGGGAGUGUGCCGGGGAUUGCGGUGUAUAAGCGGAAGGUGGUUUGGGGGGAGAAGGUCAAGGCGUAUUUGAGGGGGGAGAUUGAUGGUUGA